AUCAUCUAGUCAUCGAUGAGUUUGAAAAAGUUGUAUUUUUUGUGAAACUUUUAUAGAUGGAAAUUACAUCUGAGAUAUGUUUUGUUUCGAUUGACUCAGUGAUGAGAAACAGUUGUAAAUGCCACCUAGGGCUGCAUGGAGGUGUUUGUUUGCACCUAAAAACUGGGGUUAUUUUUGGACCAUCCUGCCAAAUUUUGUGUCUCUAGGUUUUACGGUUAACUUAUGGUUUUUGGUAAAUGGUCUGCACUUAUAUAGCGCCUUUUUAACCUUACGGUAUUCAAAGCGCUUUACACUGCGACACAUUCACCCAUUCAUACACACACAUUCAUACACCAAUGACGGCAGAGCUGCCAUACAAGGUGCUAACCUGCCAUUGGGAGCAACUUGGGGUUCAGUGUCUUACCCAAGGACACUUCGUCAUGUGGAGUCAUGUGGGCUGGGAAUCUAACCGCCAACCCUGCGAUUAGUGGCCGACCCGCUCUACCAACUGAGCCAGUUGCUGCCCCCUGCCUAGACACUUUAAGGGCAGAAGUAGAAGAAUAAAAUCAGUACAAAUACAACCUUUUGGUCUUGGACCCCUAAAAAUAAUCUAAAAUAUGCAAUAUUACACUCAAAGUCAUGCUGUUGUACUGAAUAUAAACGGGUAAUCAUAGCCGUACUGAUUUUCAGUACAACAGAACGAUUGUGAGUGUGAAAUAGGUUCUACGACUGAGAAGUUCAUAUCGAGGAACUGUCAUUUUAGACACAAUAUUCUGCUUACAAUAUACUGUAGUUCCAAACAAAGCCAAAGUAUAUUUUUAUCAAAUAAAAUGUUCUUAUCUAUAACACAUAUUUGGUCUGCUGCCUCACUGUCCACUUGUCUUCUAUGUCAGCAACAUGAAAAGGAUCCUUAUAAGAGAGUGAUUUGGAACCCUCUUCAUAGGUAGCAACUCUACGCAACAUUCAAGUAGCAUUACUCAUGUGCAGCAUAUUUGAAACUCGUCUUCAACUAAUUUCAAUACAGUUGAAGCAAGAGAAAACGCCUGAUCUAUUCCAAAUCUCUCUCCAAUCCAUAAUGAGCAAAUUCAGUUCUUAAUCUUCCACAAUCAGACCAGCUUGCGUGUGUGUGUGUGUGUGUGUGUGUGUGUGUGUGUGUGUGUGUGUGUGUGUGUGUGUGUGUGUGUGUGUGUGAGUGAGUGAGAGACACAGACAGACAGACAGAGGGAGUGAGGAGUGAAGGAGGCGGCUGUAUUUCAGUUGAUGUUCCUGGAAAUGGACUGAAGCGUUUCUCAACAGUGGAACUUCUCCAUGUGUUCAUGUGUGGAGCAAGUGUGAACAGUGUGACUCAUGAAGAUGACCACUCGCUGGCUCAGUUGACGGUGUGUUUGUGAAAGCAGGCCACUAUGUCCCAGAUGCUUCAAGUGGAGAUCCCAAACUUCGGCAGCACGGUGCUGAGCUCGCUGAAUGAGCAGCGCAUACUGGGGCAGUACUGUGACGUCUCCAUCCUGGUCAAAGGUCAAGCCUUCAAAGCUCAUCGCGCAGUACUGGCAGCGAGCAGCCUAUAUUUCCGUGACUUAUUCAGCAGCAGCACUAAAGCGCAGUUCGAACUGCCCUCGUCUGUGACGCCGGCAUGUUUCCAGCAGAUCCUCAGCUUCUGCUACACGGGCAAGCUUACCAUGGCGGCCAGCGAGCAGCUUGUGUUGAUGUACACUGCUGGUUACCUGCAGAUCCAGCACAUCGUGGAGCGCGGCAUGGACCUGAUGUUCAAAGCCAACUCGCCGCACUGCGACUCGGCCACUGCCGCCAUGGAUGAUCUAGGCUCGGAGCCGCAGAGUCCCAGUAACAACUCGGGCUCGGUGUUGGGACCACAGGGCUGGUCGCCCUUGCUGCAAGGCCAGACACGCAGAAUAAAGCUGGAGGUAUCCGAUCCGCUGCUUAGCCUCCAGAACAUCAGUGGUGGUAAAAAACCCUCAAACGGCGAAAGUGGCCGUUCAACACGGGGCGGCUCGCUGUUCUAUGCCGGAUCCGUGGGGGUAUUUCAACCUGGGGCCGUGCUUUAUCCUGUGGCCCCUGGAGAGCGCUCCAGUCCGGGAGCAUCCAGCCUGCCGACCACCGACAGUCCGACGUCAUACCAGAACGAGGAUGAGGAGCUUGAGGAGGAGCCCUUCGACACUGAUGACGCCUACAGUCAGCUGUGUGGCCGCUCCUCUAACCCUUACGCAAUCACUGAGAAGCCCGAGAUGCCGCUGGCGCUGGAGAACCGUUCCUGUGUUCUGAUUCGUCGGGAUCUGGUGGCGCUGCCUGCCAGCCUAAUCAGUCAGAUCGGUUAUCGAUGCCACCCAAAACUCUACACGGAGGGAGAUCCGGGGGAGAAACUAGAACUAGUAGGAGGUACAGGUGUGUUAAUGACCCGAGGUCAGCUGAUGAACUGUCACCUGUGUGCUGGUAUCAAACACAAGGUGCUGCUCAGGAGACUGUUAGCUACCUUCUUCGACAGGAACACAUUAGCUAACAGCUGUGGGACGGGCAUUCGAUCUUCAACCAGUGACCCGAGCCGAAAACCACUGGACAGUCGAGUCCUGAAUGCUGUCAAACUCUACUGUCAGAACUUCGCACCUAAUUUUAAGGAAAGUGAGAUGAACGUCAUCGCAGCUGACAUGUGCACGAAUGCGCGCCGCGUACGCAAACGCUGGCUGCCCAAAAUCAAGUCCAUGUUGCCUGAUGGUAUGGAGGUGCAUCAGGGCUCUUCUGUGCCCGCGGGUGUGGGUCUAGGCAUGAGCGGGGUCCCACUGGGCAUUCCCCUGCCCUUUGACAACCUGCUGCCCGCUGGUCUGACCCUGGAACAGCGGCUAUACGCCGAGCGCAAAGAAACAAUGAGAACUUGCGUACCGCUGGACGAAGGUGACCCGGAGCCCCUACACGAAGAGGAGCCUGAUGAGGAGGAGGAAACUCAGACUGACAGCCCCGAUGGGACAUCAGGGACGGCUCCUGUCAUUCCCAAAACCAAGGGCGGGGUCAGUGUGACCACGCAUACUGAUAGGCAGCAGAAGGAGGAGUUUGAGGAGGGCCUAAACGGGCAGUAAUUGGU